CAGUUGAUCAAUUGGAGCGAACUGGUUGCGCGCCUCCAACGGUUUGUUCAAUGCCGCCAUCGAUUUCCACCUAAACCCUAAAACCCUUCUUCACCCCGCAAUUUCUUAUACUUAGAUUCAGAAACUUGUUUUCAAUUUUGCUCUGUUUCGUCGCACAGAAAUUAGACUAAAAAAAAUAAUGGAAUCCAUUGACAUGGACGUCGAGGAGCCCGUCAAUGCCGAUUCCAGUGUAGAUUCAAGCUCCUUCAAGCGCUUCGGGCUCAAGAAUGCCAUUCAAACCAACUUCGGCGACGAUUACGUCUUCCACAUCGCUCCCAAUGGGGAUUGGACGCAAAUGGCGGUGUCGUUAUCUUCGAAUGUUGUGAAGCUGUACUCGCCAGUGACUGGCCAGUACUAUGGAGAGUGCAGAGGUCACAUUGGAACAAUCAAUCAAAUUUCCUUCGCAGUGCCAUCAAUCCCACAUGUAUUGCAUUCUUGUUCUUCUGAUGGAACUAUCAGAUCUUGGGACGUGCGGAAUUUUCAGCAGGUUUCAUCCAUUAGUGCUGGCCCUUCUCAAGAGAUCUUCAGCUUUGCCUAUGGAGGAUCGAGUAUGAAUCUCCUUGCUGCAGGUUGUAAAUCUCAGAUACUCUUCUGGGAUUGGAGGAACAGAAAGCAAGUCGCGUGCUUGGAGGACUCUCAUGUGGAAGAUGUCACUCAGGUUCACUUUAUCCCUGGCCAUCAAGCCAAGCUUGCUUCUGCUUCCGUGGAUGGUUUGGUUUGUAUAUUUGACACUAAUGGGGACAUCGAUGAUGACGAACAUAUGGAUUCUGUGAUAAACGUUGGAACUUCAGUUGGUAAGAUCGGAUUCUUUGGAGAGAACUAUAGAAAGUUGUGGUGCUUGACUCACAUUGAAACCUUGAGCUUAUGGGACUGGACGGAUGGGAGAAAUGAGGCAGAUAUCACAGAUGCCCGCACACUAGCUUCCAACAGUUGGGCAAUGGGUCGUGUUGAUUAUUUAGUUGAUUGUCACUACUCGAGUGAAGGUGAUAGAUUAUGGGUUCUUGGAGGUACCAACGAUGGUACAGUAGGCUACUUCCCGGUCGACCAUCACAAGGGGAAGAAUGCGAUUGAAUCACCCGACGUUGUCCUUGAGGGUGGCCACAUUGGCAUCGUAAGAAGUGUCUUGCCCAUGACAAACAUAUUGGGUGGAUUUUCACGUAGCCAAGGUGUGUUUGGAUGGACGGGCGGAGAAGAUGGACGUUUAUGUUGUUGGUCUUCAGACGAUUCUUGCGAAACUAAUCGAUCUUGGAUCUCGAGCACUCUAGUUAUCAAGUCACCCGGUGGUCGAAGGAAACAUAGACACCAUCCUUACUAAAGAUGAGCAUAUGUUUUUCAUGUCUUUGAUCAUGUAAUCUUCCAAUGUUUCUGGAGCUGUAUUUAUCAUUUUGCCUCCCAACCCCUUGAUUUUAUGUUCUUUGAUUUGCCUCUUUAUGGAAGUGUUGUAAAAGAUGGGUUAAAAUUCUAUGUUUAAUCCCUGUGCUUUCCAGUUUU